GUUGUUGAUGGGCCGAUUGUGACCUUUGCUAUUUUCUACUUUACAUUCGCUUUUUCUUUUAUUUUUUGUUUUGGGAAGAAGCCGAGGGGGAAAUCCGAGGAAGAAGAGCCCUGAAAAACUCUUGGUGCACAUUGUUCCAAACCAAAGAGGAGAAUAUGAGAAUUCUUCACUAAGUUGGCUGGAAAUAAGGGGAUCCUUAGCAUUAAAAGCACUUUGUGACCGGACUGGGAUUUUGAACGCUCGCUGUAUAACAGGAGUUUAUUGGAGAGCAGCCUGAUGGCGCAAAGGUACGAUGAGCUGGCCCAUUACGGUGGAAUGGACGGCGUGGGAGUCCCCGCGUCUAUGUACGGAGACCCGCACGCCCCCCGGCCGCUGCCCCAAGUGCAUCACUUGAACCACGGACCCCCGCUCCACGCCAGCCAGCACUACGGGGCCCACGCACCGCACAACGUGAUGCCCUCCAGCAUGGGCUCGGCUGUCAACGACGUCUUGAAGAGGGACAAAGACCAAAUUUACGGCCACCCACUGUUCCCCUUGCUCGCGCUGGUCUUCGAGAAGUGCGAGCUCGCGACCUGCACGCCGCGCGAGCCCGGCGUGGCGGGAGGCGACGUCUGUUCCUCGGACUCCUUCAACGAGGACAUCGCAGUGUUCGCCAAACAGAUCCGAGCAGAAAAGCCUUUAUUUUCUUCAAAUCCGGAGUUGGACAAUUUGAUGAUACAAGCCAUACAAGUAUUGCGAUUCCACCUUUUAGAACUGGAAAAGGUACACGAACUGUGCGAUAAUUUUUGCCACCGGUACAUCAGCUGUCUAAAAGGAAAGAUGCCGAUUGACCUGGUUAUCGAUGAACGGGAUGGCAGCUCCAAGUCCGACCUUGAUGACCUCUCCGGAUCGUCCACGAACUUAGCUGAUCAUAACCCUGUGUCCUGGAGGGACCAUGACGAUGCUCACUCCACACACUCUGCCGGAACACCAGGUCCCUCCAGCGGGGGCCAUGCUUCUCAGAGCGGAGACAACAGCAGUGAACUCGGAGAUGGUCUGGACAACAGCGUAGCCUCCCCAGGCACGGGCGACGAGGAUGACCCUGACAAGGACAAGAAACGUCAGAAGAAGCGCGGCAUCUUCCCCAAGGUUGCCACCAACAUCAUGCGGGCGUGGCUAUUCCAGCAUCUCACGCAUCCUUACCCUUCUGAAGAACAGAAGAAACAACUAGCACAAGACACAGGUCUCACCAUCUUACAAGUGAACAACUGGUUUAUCAACGCAAGGAGAAGGAUAGUACAGCCGAUGAUUGAUCAGUCAAACCGAGCAGGUUUUCUUCUUGAUCCUUCAGUGAGCCAGGGAGCAGCCUACAGUCCCGAGGGCCAGCCCAUGGGUAGCUUCGUGCUGGACGGCCAGCAACACAUGGGGAUCCGGCCAGCUGGGCCGAUGGGAGGAAUGGGCAUGAACAUGGGCAUGGAUGGGCAAUGGCACUACAUGUAAGCUACGUCCUGUAAAAGCAAUGCAGAGGACGCAGGAAGUUCACAAGGCCUGUCAGGGGCACACAUACCUCAAGAGUGGUCCUGCGGGUGUGGCCGUGGCACUGUCAAGUCACCCCACUUCCCACCCCACCCCUGCAUCCAUGUCCACCCAGCCAAGACCACCACCAGGGAGACACCGCCCUCACCAUACCUGCAUAGAGCCUGGUCAUCUUCACUCCUGUUGACCCCUGGCACCAGAAGACGUCCCUUAAAAAGAAGAACGGGAAAAAAGUUAACCAGAACCAGACAUUUUUAACAGGGAAUUCUCGACAAACUGUGAUUUUUGUCACUUUCAUUCUUUUAUUAUUAUUAUUUUUUUUUUAACAACAACAGAGGACCAAGUAGACUUUGUCAAGUUUUGGGCUUUUGUCUGAGAUCAAAAGAUGUCCUGACAUCUUCUGUUACACAUUCAAAGGCACACACACCCACACACGCAUGCAUGCAAGCACCAACACACAUACAGGCAGACGCUCAGCUUCUCAAGUGACACAAAAAACUCAAUUUUUAAAGCAAUCACUUUGGAAUAUGUAUUUAAAAGAACUGAAAAAAAAAUUACUUCAGCGGCUCCAAGAGUUCUAACUACUGUAGUGUAAAAUAGAGAAAGAAAAAGUUUAAACUUGUGCAUUUCCUUGGAUCACUAGGUUCAUCUCCUGCAGUAGUUCUUAGAAUACGAGUCCAUCCCUGCUUUCACACUGUAUGUCGACCCUUGAAGAGAGACUGUCUUUGUGCAGCCAGACGGACAGACCCCCCCCCCCACCCCCACAAUGAUUUCUACUGCCCAGAAUAAAGUGAGUGCGCGACCUGGAAGUGAUCCGAGAGAACCAUCCGAAAACAUUCACAGGCCCCCUUCUACUUCUUGAACCAACAUUGCUCUGUUGGUAAAAAUAUAUAUAAAUAUAUAUAUAUAUAUAUAUAUAUGUAUUAUUUUGAAUUGCCCAAGCACUGGAUUGUCUUGGUUUCAUCCUUCUUGCUUUUUUUUUUUUUUUUUUUUUCCUUCUUUUUCAACAUAGUGGACUCUGGUCCAGAGAGCCUGUGUAUUAAGUGUAAAGAUGGAGUUGCAGCAACCUGCUUGGACAAUGCAGACACAAGGGUGGAAGCUUUGGCAGCAAGGAGGAUGGAUUGAUGGAUGAUGCACCAAAGACCUAUACAAAAAAGAAAAAAAAAAAAAA